AUGUACAUGCAGAGGCCCAACGCCAGCGCCAGCCAGCCUGCUCCUCCUGCUCCUCCUCCCUCUGCUCCUCUUCGUCCGUUGUCUGGCUGGCGUCUGCAGCUGCUACUUGUCGAGAAACCUCCCCCGCACGUAGCGGCCUAUCGCCUCCCGCAGGCCCUUCUCCCCGUAGCCCUCCCACACCUCAUACAGCGCCACCAUCUCCUGCGUGCAUUCCACCACGGCCUCGAUCGACACUUCGCUGCCCGCCAGCCACUCGAUGACCUUCUGCACCCGGCCCCCGUCGCCCAUCCCUUCUCGUAUGCCCGCCGCCAUCCCGGCAGAACUUGUCGUGCCUGUUCCUGGACCGGUGCCAGUGCCGGUGCUGGUGCUGGUGCUGGCGCCGGCGCUGGCGAGGGUGCCUGGGCCUCCUGCCCCUGUGCUGGUGCUGGUGCUGGUGCCGGUGCUGCUGCUGCUGCUGCUGCUGGCGAUGGUGAUAGUGCUGCUGCUCGUUCCCGGCUUGAACACCACAGCCACAAACACCGCCAUCACCGCAAUGACGUGCGGUGGCUGGAGCAGCGGCAGGUCCGUCAGGUAGCUGUCGUUCACUACCGACCAGGCCAGCGCGAUCUCGUCGGAGCUCAGCGUCAGCCCCGAGCUCGCCGUGUUAGUCAGCGUCGACGAGAAGUCCGAGAGCGUCCGGUACGGGUGGUGCACGAUCAGCUGCGAGUUGAGCUCGCUGAUGAGCCAGAACUCGCACUCGCCGACCUUUGCACUGUCGCUCAGUAUGAAUUCUACCCCACGGAAUAUAUUAGAUACACACUUCGUCGUACUCCGUAA